AUGUCACAACCUCUGUAUAUUGACCCCAAGGUGUCCACUAAGAGUGGUCUGGACCCAGGCGGUGUGUGGCAGGCGUGGGGAAUGGCCUCCCUCAAGGCAGGGAACUUGACUGCUGCUAGGGAGAAGUUAUGUCGCUGUCUGAAAGCUCCGGUGGACAGAAACCAGCUCAACCUGGGUCCUCGGCUGCUGCAGGAGAUAGUCUCUCAUCUGGAGAGCACAGUCAGAUCCACGCUGGCCACGUCUUUCAGUGAGGACAUCCUGUGGUCUCUGAGGGAGCUUGAGGAAGCUCUUUGUGAGCCUGGAGGAUCAGUGGACUGGCCAGAGGGGGUUCAGGGUCAGGGCAACAGCCUGUAUCAAGAGAGCUUGUACUACCUGUCCAGCUACGGGACUCAUCUGGCCCUGGUCUCCUUCCUGAUGAGACACGACAACAUGAAGGACGCCCUGCAGCACCUACUCAGCAAGGAAUGUCCAGAGGAGGUGUUCCUGGAGGGCAUAUUGCAGCCUAGUCUGGAGAGGGGUCGUCUGGGGAUGCUGCAGGGGUUACUGGAGACCCUAGAUCCAGGCCUGGAGGUCUGUAGCCGAUACCUCCUCUCCUCCUGUCAACUGCUGCAGCGACGGGGACACUUCCACACACUAUACCAGCUACAACAGUUCAUGAUGGACCACGUACGAGCGGCCAUGACGUGUAUCCGGUUCUUCACCCACGGUGUCGUGUCCUACGUACAGCUGGGAGACCAGCGGAGAUGGCUGGUUCGGGCCAAGGAGCACCUCAGAACGUACCUUCAGGAGCAACAGGGAACACGUACCAACAGCACUAACAGGAAGAAGAGCACCUCUAACUCCUUCAGAAAGAAGAUGUCUUCUAGUGAUGUGUCCAGACACAUGAACACGAUAGAGCUCCAGCUGGAGGUGACUCGGUUCCUGCAUCACUGUGAAACAUCCAGCUCCGCCCCCACCCCCUCUGCCUCCUCCAGCACUCCUCCCACUCUGUUCGGCCCCAGCGCUAUGAAGAUCGAUGUAGCCUGCAAGGUGAUGUUGGGAGGAAAGAACAUCGAAGAGGGGUUUGGUAUCGCAUACCGAGUCAUACAGGACUUCCAGCUGGAAGCCUUGACGGUAUACGUGCGUGCGGGCCAGAGGCUUGUGCGCCAGCGCCAGUACCGGGGUCGUGCGUCAGCUGCUGAAACUCUGAUGGAGCGUCGCAUCAGGCCCUGGAUCAACAAGAAGAUUAUAGAGUACAUCGGAGAGGAGGAAGCUACGCUAGUGGACUUUGUCUGUUCGAAGGUGAGUCGGUAA